CCUAGCUCCUUCUCUCCCUCUCUGUAACACCGGCGGCGCCAUGGUUGGAGCUCCGAUCGACGACGGCUUUCCGGCCGAGAGGCUCUUUAACCAGGGCUACUCCUACACGUACGACGAUGUCAUCUUCCUCCCCCACUACAUCGACUUCCCCACCGACGCCGUCCAGUUGUCCACUAAGCUCAGCCGCAACCUCCGCCUCUCCAUCCCUUGCGUCUCCUCCCCCAUGGACACCGUCACUGAGACUGCCAUGGCCGUCUCCAUGGCCGCUUUCGGCGGCAUUGGCAUCGUCCACUCCAACAACGCCGCCUCCCGCCAGGCCUCCAUCGUCCGCGCUGCCAAGUCUCACCGCCUCCCCUUACACUCCGAUCUCGUUUUCAAAUCGCCUUCCGAUUCCGUCAAUUCACUCGAUGAAUUUGGUUCGUCGCCCUGCGUUCUGGUUACCGAGUCCGGAACCAGCAAGUCCAAGCUCUUAGGCGUGGUCGCCAAGUCCGAUUGGGAGUCCUUGACUGACAAAGACGCCAGGGUUUCUGAUUACAUGCUCAAAUCGCUGGUUUCGGCGCCCUCGAACUACCAUUUCGAGGAAGUUGCCGCGUAUUUGGCGGCGAAAGAUCUCGAAUUUGUGCCUUUGGUGAAUGAUGAAGACGGAGGGGAAGUGGUGAAUUUGGUAACUGCAGAGGAUGUGGAGAGAAUUCGGGGGUUUCCAAAGCUGGGGGCGCCAUCUAUUGGGCCUGACGGGAAAUUCUUGGUCGGGGCGGCCAUUGGGACGCGGGAAACGGAUAAAGAAAGGUUGGAGCAUUUGGUGAAGGCUGGGGUGAAUGUGGUGGUAGUGGAUAGUUCUCAAGGAAAUUCAAUAUACGAAAUGGAAAUGAUCAAGUACAUGAAGAAGACGUAUCCAGAGUUGGAUGUGAUUGGCGGGAAUGUUGUGACCAAAUAUCAGGCGCAGAAUUUGAUUCAGGCUGGAGUUGAUGGGUUGAGAGUUGGGAUGGGGUCUGGCUCCAUUUGCACCACGCAAGAGGUUUGUGCUGUGGGCCGAGGACAGGCCACUGCAGUGUACAAGGUUUCAUCUAUUGCUGAAGAAAGUGGUGUGCCUGUCAUUGCCGAUGGGGGCAUUUCAAAUUCUGGACAUAUUGUCAAGGCUUUGGUCCUUGGUGCUUCAACUGUAAUGAUGGGAAGCUUUUUGGCUGGAAGUAAUGAAGCUCCUGGAGCUUACGAGUAUCAGGGUGAUCGCCGUGUCAAAAAAUACCGAGGCAUGGGCUCUUUGGAAGCAAUGAGAAAAGGGAGCGAUGCACGAUACUUGGGUGAUACGGCUAAACUAAAGAUAGCUCAGGGGGUUGUUGGAGCAGUUGCAGACAAAGGUUCUGUUCUAAAAUUUCUGCCUUACACCAUGCAAGCAGUUAAACAGGGUUUCCAGGACCUCGGUGCCUCCUCAAUGCAGUCUGCUCAUGACCUAUUAAGAUCAUCAGUACUUAGGCUAGAGGUCCGGACUGGAGCAGCACAAGUUGAAGGUGGAGUUCAUGGGCUGGUUUCUUAUGAGAAGAGAUCGUUUUGAGAUCCAGAGCCCUUGUCAACAAUUGCUGCUGCAAGGGAAUACUCUUUUCUGGGCCUUCAGUAAUAUCAAUUUUGAAUAUAGUGUUGGGGGCGACAAGGCCGGCCGGCGGUGGCACGUUUGGCCGGAAAGGCACAUAGAGCACUUCCCCAUGUUAUGACUUUAAUCUUAGGCCUGAUACAUCAAUAGAACCCCGACCUACAGCUUUUGAUAUCUAGCCAUCUACUAUUGUAAUUUUAAUAUCAUCAUCACACUCUUUAUAAGUUGAAAAAUUAGUUUAGUUUCCAGUCAUAUGAUCUAAUGCACCAGUAUCAAUAAUCCACCCUUCAUCUAUAUAGCUAUUUCUAAAACAUGAAAUACUAGUAUUACGUUUAUGAGCAACAGUGGUCAUGGAUGAAGAA